UAUCACUGUUACAGGAAGUUGGAAUACAUUUAUUUACCAUUAUUGAAUCCGAGUGAUGAGAAAUUUUACACGUGUACGUAAUGACCCUGUUGAGGAAAAGUUUACGGUUUUUCGCUGUGCAAUGUCGGAACUGUGCAUCAAAAUCUAGUCCAAAUGUAGAGUUUACCGCCUCUACUGUUGACAUCGAUGGCAGAAAAUUCAAUCGGGACAAAUGGACAAAUGUCAAUCCCAAUAUUUUGAAGUAUCUCAACAGGAACUUGCACUUGAAACCUGGACAUCCUCUGUGCCUUCUUAGAGAGAACAUAAUCUCCUUUAUGUACAAAUCGUUUCCAAAUCACGCUGGCAAUCCAAUAUUCUCUGUCUUCGAUAGAUUAAAUCCUAUCGUCACUACCAAACAGAAUUUUGACAGUUUGCUGAUUCCUCAAGACCAUCCAAGUCGAACACCCUCAGAUUGCUACUACUUAAAUAAGGAUUUCAUACUGAGGGGACACACUAGCUCUCAUCAAGAAGAGCUGAUUGCUAGUGGCUUAGAUAGUUUCGUUGUCAUGGGUGAUGUGUAUAGAAGAGACGAAAUUGAUGCCUCACAUUUUCCAGUUUUCCACCAGGCUGAAGGUGUGAGACUGUUUGCCAAACACCAACUUCAUGAUAUAGACAAAGAAAAAGUAGAGUUGUUCGAAGAUGGAAAGCGUACUCCUCACAAGCAAGAAUAUCACACUGAAUUAACUUCUGAUAAACUCCAACAUGAAUUGAAAACUUGCCUCACCAAGUUAGUCCAUCACUUGUUUGGCAAUGAUGUUGAAACAAGGUGGACAGAAACAUAUUUCCCAUUUACCCAUCCAUCAUUUGAAUUGGAAGUCAAAUUCCAAGAUAAAUGGCUGGAACUGCUGGGUUGCGGCGUGAUUGAGCAACAAAUUCUUUACAACGCUGGUGUUCCUGACAAGGUUGGCUGGGCUUUCGGUCUCGGGUUAGAGCGCAUCGCUAUGCGUUUAUACGAAAUACCCGACAUUCGUCUCUUUUGGUCUAAUGACUCUGGAUUUCUGAGUCAGUUUCAAGGUGCGACUCCCAAUCAGAAAAUCACUUACAAGUCGAUUAGUCAAUAUCCCCAGUGUUUCAAUGACGUCAGCUUUUGGUUGCCUGAAGGAGGUAUCAACUCCAGCGAUGUUUACGAAAUUGUCCGUGGCGUAGGAGGUGACAUUGUUGAGCAAGUUCGAUUAGUCGACGAAUUCCUUCAUCCAAAGACAAAGAAGCGGAGCCAAUGCUUUCGCAUCAUCUACCGCCAUAUGGAGCGUACGCUGACUCAGGCAGAAGUCGGCAAAGUCCAUGAACGAAUUAAAGCGCAACUCGCUGCUGAUUUAGGAGUAACUUUACGUUGACACACCUACGUGUAUGCAGUCACAACCUGGUGAGAAUUGAGCCUUUGACAAAAUAAACAUAUUUAUUAGUUUUGGCGAUGUAUUGAAAUAAACAUUUCAGCGUAGA